AUGACCGAGGUUGUUGGAUCUCAUACCGCCUCCAUCCAAAAAUUGGAGAUGCAAAUGAGAGACCUCUCCAAAGAGCAAAAUCCAAAACAAAAGGGAACACUCCCUAGUGACACGGUUGCAAAUCCAAGAGGUAGUGGGAGUGGCCCAACUUCUCACAUCAUGGCGAUCACUACUAGGAGUGGGAAAGUGCUACACGGAGAGGGUGAACAAACGGUUGAAGAAGAAGAGUCCGAACAAAGGGUUGAGGUUGAAGAGCCAAGUGUUGUCGAGGUUGAAAAGAUUCCGGAGGAGUUGAAAGUGCAAAAAGAGAACCGGGAAGAGGUGAAGGAAAAAGUGAAAGAGACACCAAAAGCUCUUCCACCUAUUCCUAGACCUCCUCCCCCAUUUCCUCAAAGGCUCGCGAGAAAGAUUGAUAAUAGCAAACUUGAAAAAUUCUACGACAUUCUCAAGCAAUUAACGGUGAAUAUUCCAUUUGUGGAAGCUUUUCAAGAGAUGCCGGGGUUUGCUAAAUAUUUAAAGGAUUUGAUCACCAAAAAGAAGACCACAAAGAAUGAGGUAGUAAACAUGACUCACCGGGUUAGCUCUAUUAUUGCCACAACCAAAGUCCAAAAGAAAGAAGACCCGGGAGCUUUCACCAUUCCUUGCACCAUCGGGGCCCGUGAUUUUGCAAGAGCUUUAUGUGAUAAUGGGGCUAGCAUCAACUUAAUGCCUCUUGCCAUCUAUAAGCAAGCAGGGUUGGGUAUGCCAAGGCCCACUAGUAUGAGAUUGCAAAUGGCCGAUUGGUCAAUCAAACGCCCGGUGGGAAUUGUUGACGAUGUACUUGUAAAAGUGGGGAAGUUUCAUUUGCCCGCCGAUUUUGUAAUUUUUGAUUGUGCGGUUGACAAAGAAAUCCCUAUCAUUUUGGGGAGACGGGAAGGGCACUCAUGGAUUCGGAGCGGAAUGAAAUUAAAUUCCGGGUGA